AUGGCUCCGAAGAAGGGAAAAGGAGAUGAUGCACCAAAGCCACCACCGCUGAUUGGAAGGUUCGGCACCUCAUUGAAAAUAGGAAUUGUCGGCUUGCCCAAUGUUGGGAAGUCAACCUUUUUCAACGUGCUGACAAAGAGUCAGGCUGCAGCUGAAAAUUUCCCCUUCUGCACCAUUGACCCAAAUGAAAGCAGAGUGCCCAUUCCAGAUGAACGCUAUGAUUUCCUUUGCCAGUUCCACAAACCUGCCAGCAAAAUCCCAGCAUUUCUUAAUGUUGUAGACAUUGCUGGCCUGGUGAAAGGUGCUCAUGCUGGCCAAGGCCUGGGAAAUGCCUUCCUCUCCCAUAUCAGCGCCUGUGACGGCAUCUUCCACAUGACACGUGUUUUUGAGGAUGAGGAUAUCAUCCAUGUUGAGGGGACAGUGGACCCAGUGAGGGAUAUGGAGAUCAUCCAUGAGGAGCUGAGGCUAAAGGAUGAAGAGAUGAUCGGCCCUGCUAUUGACAAGCUGGAGAAGACGGCGAUUAGAGGCGGUGACAAGAAACUCAAACCAGAAUAUGACGUAAUGUGCAAAAUCAAGAGCUGGGUAGUGGAUGAAAAGAAACAUGUCCGCUACUAUCACGACUGGAACGACAAGGAGAUCGAAGUGUUGAACAAAUACUUGUUUUUGACAUCUAAACCAAUGAUUUACCUUGUUAACCUCUCUGAGAGAGACUACAUCAGGAAAAAGAACAAAUGGUUGGUGAAAAUCAAGGAGUGGGUGGACAGUCACGACCCCGGGGCCUUGGUCAUCCCCUUCAGCGGUGGCCUGGAGAGCCAGCUACAGGACAAGAGUGAAGAGGAGAGACAGAUGUACUGCACGGAGCAGAAGACGCAGAGCGCCCUGAGCAAGAUCAUCAAGGCAGGCUACGCAGCCCUGAAGCUGGAGUACUUCUUCACUGCUGGACCAGAUGAGGUCCGUGCAUGGACCAUUCGGAAAGGAACUAAGGCUCCACAGGCUGCGGGGAAGAUCCACACAGACUUUGAGAAGGGCUUCAUUAUGGCGGAAGUAAUGAAAUUCCAGGAUUUUAAAGAGGAAGGCAGCGAGAGCGCUGUCAAGGCAGCUGGGAAGUACAGACAACAGGGAAGAAACUACAUUGUUGAGGAUGGAGACAUCAUCUUUUUCAAAUUUAACACACCAAAUGCCCCAAAGAAAAAGUGA